AUGUCAGUUGCCUGCUGUAUUCCAGUUGUUGAAUGUGUGUCCUGUUUAGCGUGUAUUCGAUGGGUGUGGAAGAAAUUUAUGUACGCUGCUGGCCGUGAAAGUGAGAAUUGGGGCCUUGCAACUGCUAGUGAAUUCAUACCCGUACCCCGGAUUUGUAGAUAUAUUCUAUCAGUUUAUGAAGAUGAUCUUAGAAACCCUUUGUGGGCUCCCCUGGGAGGGUAUGGAAUCGAACCGGAUUGGAUAAUAUUGAAAAAAGAUCAUGGAGAUACUCAAGGGAGAGUAUCUCCAUACAUGAUCUAUCUUGAUCAUGAGAAUAGAGAUGUAGUUGUAGCAAUUAGGGGACUUGAUUUAGCUAAAGAAAGUGAUUUUUUACUCUUACUUGAUAACAAACUGGGGCAGACAAAAUAUGAUGGUGGUUAUGUGCACCAUGGAUUGCUGAAUGCUGCUCAAUAUGUUUUUGAAGAAGAAUGCGACAUUAUUAGAGAGCUUCUCGAAAGAAACCCGGAAUAUACAUUGACAUUUGCCGGGCAUUCACUUGGUGCAGGAGUAGUAACAUUGUUAACAAUAUUGGCAUUGAAGAAUAGGGAAAAGUUGGGGAACAUUGAUAGAAAAAGGAUCAGAUGCUUUGCAAUUGCUCCUACUAGGUGUAUAUCGCUAAACUUGGCAGUACGAUAUGCAGACGUGAUCAAUUCGGUUGUGCUGCAGGAUGAUUUCUUACCCCGGACAACAGUAGCGCUGGAAAAUGUUUACAAAUCACUUUUCUGUUUCCCGUGCUUGAUGUGCAUAAUGUGCUUGAAAGAUACGUGCACACUAGAGGAGAAGAUGCUACAGGAUCCAAGGCGCCUGUAUGCACCUGGUCGCCUCUAUCACAUUAUUGUGAGGAAGCCCUUCAGGUUCAAAAAAAUUUCACCGGUUGUUAAGACUGCAGUACCGGUGGAUGGACGGUUUGAGCACUUAGUUCUCUCUUGCAACUUAACUUCAGAUCAUGCCAUCAUUUGGAUACUUAAGGAAUCUCAAAGAGCACUUGAUUCACUGCUGGAAAGUGAGCGGAUUAUGGAUAUUCCGGUAGCACAGAGGAUGGAGCGGCAGGCAUCUCUUGCCAAAGAACAUAAAGAAGAGUAUCGAGCAGCAAUAAAAAGGGCGAUUGCUUUGGAUGUUCCCCUUGCAUACUCCCCUUCGUAUGGAACUUUCCAAGAGAUGGAGAAAGGAGAAAACUCGACUAGAACACAAGAUUUUUCUCUCACAUCGUCCGAGAGGCAAGAGAGCUCGGAUAAUCUGGCCAGGGUCAUUUUUGAUACGGAUGAGUCGAGGAAAUCGAGGCUGGAGAAAUGA